UGAAAAGAGCUUGAAAAAACUGUAAGGAGUUGGAAGAAAUUGGAAGAAACUCAAAAGAAUUGGAAGAAACUGGAAGGAAUUGGAAAAAAUUAGAAGUUAAGUUUUCCAACCAAAAGAACAACGCCUAAAUAGGUAAAUUAUUUUGGGAUGGAGAGAGUAUGAGUUUUAUAUUUUAAAUUAAUAAAUAAUAUUAAAAUUCCAUUAACAAGUACAAAUAUGAUGCAUAACUUUAGUUUACAUUUUACCUUUAGUGUACAUUUUAACUGAUACUACAAUAUUUAAAACCUUAUCUAACACCUGCAUUUGGUUUCUUAAUUACUCACCAAAUAGUUGUGACUAUGCUUUGAUUUCACUUCUAUUUACUCCUCACUUUUCUUUCUGAUUUUUAAACCCAAAUCAUUUUUCUCAUACGUCAAAACUCGUAUCUUAUUAUGUCUCUAAAACUCACCAAUCAGUCCCUGGGUAAAUUUGAUUAACUAUUUGACUUAAUAUUUAAGGGUUAAAUAUAUUUUUAGUCCUUGUAAAAUAGGUGAUUUUUUGCUUUUGGACCCUGUAAUUUUUUUGUUUAAGUCAUCCUUAAAAAAAGAUUAUUUAAAAACGGCUCUUAAACGUAAUUAAUAACACUUCUAACUUGUUGGAAUAACACAUUUAUCUCGUACUCAAUAUCAGUCUUACACUUCUAAUUAUAUUCGACAAAAUUCUCAUACUCUAAAUAGACCAAAAUAAGAGUUUCAUGUUUUUAUUUCCAAAUUAAGAGUUACCGAGUAUAAUGUCAAUAUAUAAUACCAAAAAAUACUAUAAAAUAUCAAUAUACAGUAUCACAUUAUCAUAAUACAAAAAUUCUUUAUAGCUAGUUCUUAGAUUUGGCUUGUAUUCUUCUUUUGGCUUUGUUCGUACAUCAGUGGGUUUCUUGUUCCUAGUUUUGCAUCUGAGCCAAGAGUCCCUUGGAAACAGCCUCUGCUUACAAACAACCUCUCUGCUUACAAACAACCUCUCCAGCCCCUACUUUUGUGGGAUUGUACUUGAAUUUGUUGUAUAAAUUAUUAGCCCCUUAAAAUUUUUAGGAUACACACAAUCAAGCUGGUAUUGCCCAUAGUGGUGGUAUUGUGCCACUAUUGAAACUUCUUGACUCAAAGAAUGGAAACCUGCAACACAAUGCUGCAUUUGCACUCUAUGGGCUUGCUGAUAAUGAGGAUAAUGUUGCAGAUCUAGUCAAAGUUGGGGGUGUUCAAAAACUUCAAGAUGGAGAAUUUAUUGUUCAACCAACUAGAGAUUGUGUGGCAAAGACAUUGAAAAGAUUAGAAGAAAAGAUUCAUGGGCGAGUUCUAAGCCACUUGUUGUAUUUGAUGCGCGUUGAAGAUAUUGAUGUCCAACGACGUGUUGCAUUGGCUCUUGCUCAUCUUUCAUCACCGGAGGAUCACAAGACAAUUUUUCUAUAUAACAACGGGCUGGAAUUGCUUUUAGAGCUUCUGGAAUCAACAAUUGUAAAGAACCAAAGAGAUGCUUCAGCAGCCCUACGUAAAUUAGCGAAUGAAGCCAGUUCACUUUCUCAUAUUGAUGCAGCUCCUCUGUCUCCAGUUCCCCAGGUCUAUCUGGGUGAUAAGUUUGUAAAUAAUCCUACACUUUCAGAUGUGAUAUUUUUAGUUGAAGGCAAGCGGUUUUAUGCCCACCGAAUUUGCUUGCUUGCUUCUUCUGAUGCAUUUCGGGCAAUGUUUGAUGGUGGUUACAGGGAGAGGGACGCCAAAGACAUUGAGAUCCCAAAUAUCAGAUGGGAUGUUUUUGAGUUGAUGAUGAGGUACAUAUACACGGGGUCUGUUGAUGUUAGUUUGGAAAUUUCUCAGGAGCUUCUAAGAGCAGCUGAUCAAUAUCUGCUAGAUGGCCUAAAACGUCUAUGUGAAUGCACAAUUGCACAGGAUAUAUCAGUGGAAAAUGUCUCUAUGAUGUUCGAGUUGUCCAAGGCUUUCAGUGCUACGUCGUUAAGAACUGCUUGCAUUCUUUUUGUCCUGGAGAACUUUGACAAACUUAUUGUCAUGCAGUGGUACACGCCACUGAUUCAACGUAUAUUGCCCGAGACUCGGGCCCACUUUGUGAGAGUGCUCACGGGACCUGUUCAAGAUGACAUGUGGCGGUAAUAAAUUGCCUCUUUUUUUUCUUCUUCUUUUCUUUUCUCUUUCUGAUUGGCUAAUGUAGAAGAGGAAGGGGGUGUACAGGAACUAGUAGUUUCACUGAAAUGUCCCAGGAAUGGAAACACCAAUUUGUUUUUUGCCUGGGUCUGUAUUCUUCUGUUAUACCAAUUCAUUGUUCCCACAACGUUUUUUGAGUCGAAACUUCAUUUUUAAAUACUCGUGUAUGGAUAGGAAGGCAUUGUGUAGUUAGUUAAAAGGAAUAGAGUUUGUUCUCUU